AUGGUCUUUACGAGAUCCUGGAUACGACAGAGGGUGCAGAGGCUGCUGUCGGCUUUUGCAACAUUUGAAGAGGAGGCUGCAGAAGAGUUGGCACCACACUUGGAAAUUAUUUUACAGCACCUUAUGUGUGCGUUUGGAAAAUACCAGAGACGGAACCUGAGAAUUGUUUAUGAUGCUAUUGGAACACUAGCAGAUGCUGUUGGAGGAGAACUGAACCAGGCCACAUAUCUUGAAAUUCUGAUGCCUCCCCUAAUUGCAAAGUGGCAGCAACUUUCAAAUUCGGACAAAGAUCUUUUUCCACUGCUAGAAUGUUUUACAUCAAUAGCACAGGUGUGGUUCAGUAUUCUACUUAUGUUUUUUUCUCUCUUUUUCCUUUUCUAUUUUGUUCUAUACCUAGCGACGUUUUGAAACAUGUUUAUGCAU